GCGCUCCUGUCAGCCAUGGGAUUUAAUCAGAGACACGGUCGCUUUUUAAGGAUUUCCACUGAAAAAUACUCGGGUUUUUUAAACAUUAAGGAGCCGUGAAGCCCGCUAAACUAACACCGAGGGAUACAGAAGAGAAACAUUUAGAGAAUCCUUUAGAAAAGUGACGAUUAAAGUCCUUUUUGAAGAAGAAACGUUUUAUUCUGUACACUGGACCUAGAACAGCCCUCCUCACCAUGAGUCUGUGGACUAACGGCUCCUCCGCGGAUCUUUUCGCCGGGACGCAGCCUCCCCCGCUGGGCUCCAACUCCUCCAUCAACGGCACCAACGGCUCGAAGCACCACGACGCCGCCCCGUUGGACCUCAGCCGGGCGGUGCCGGUGGGCAUGGUGCUGGCCUUCUUCAUCAUGUUCGCCAUCGUGGGGAACAUCAUGGUCAUCCUGUCGGUGGUUUGUAACCGACACCUGCGGAUCCCGACCAACUACUUCAUCAUCAACCUGGCCAUAGCGGACCUGCUGCUGGGGACCACUGUGCUGCCGGUGUCCGCCACGCUGGAGGUUUUGGAUUACUGGGUGUUUGGUCGGAUCUUCUGUGACAUCUGGGCGGCGGUAGACGUCCUUUGCUGCACGGCAUCCAUCAUGUCUCUGUGCGUCAUCUCCAUCGACCGCUACAUCGGGGUGCGCUACCCUCUGCAGUACCCGAUGAUCGUCACAGAGAAGCGGGCGCUGCUCGCCAUGUUGGGCGUCUGGAUCCUCGCCAUCGUCAUCUCCAUUGGCCCGCUGCUAGGCUGGAAGCAGCCACCAUCACAGGAUGACACAGUUUGUCUCAUCACAGAGGAGCCAUUCUACGCCCUCUUCUCUUCGCUCGGCUCCUUCUACAUCCCUCUUGCCGUCAUCCUCGCCAUGUACUGUCGCGUCUACAUCGUGGCCAAACGAACCACCAAGAACCUGGAGGCUGGCGUGAUGAAGGAGCGUCAGGAGGACUCCAACGAGCUCACUCUGAGGAUCCACUGCAGGAACCAGCAGGUGCAGGACAUAUGCCCCGCCUCCAAGAACGGAGGGGGCGGGGCCUCUGCGGCACGCAGCACGCUCACCGUCAAACUCCUCAAGUUCUCCAGAGAGAAGAAAGCUGCCAAGACGCUGGGCGUGGUGGUGGGCAUGUUCAUCCUCUGCUGGCUGCCGUUCUUCCUCGCUCUGCCCAUCGGCUCGUUCAACAGCAGCCUGCGUCCUCCUGAAACCUUCUUCAAAGUCAUUUUCUGGUUGGGAUACUUCAACAGCUGUCUGAACCCCAUCAUCUACCCCUGCUACAGCCGAGAGUUCAAACAGGCGUUCAUCCGGAUCCUUCGCUGCCAGUGGAAGAAGAAGCGUCAGGGUUGGCAGGCGUACUACAACUACCGCUCCAAUCAGGGAUCCAACAACUCCUCCUUCCUGAACGGCAGCCAGCAGACGCUGUCCUCCAUCAGCCCCAGCCCGCGAUGUGUUGCCUCCAGACUCCACCCUCCACCAUGGUCCUCCACCGCGGACAAAGAGCUCCUCCCAGGGUCGUUGGGAAGAGGCCAGCGGGGCCCGGUGUCCCCGCUUGCUAAGAACGCUGGGAAGGUGUUGAACGGGCGGAGCAUCAAUGAGAAGAAGUAGCAUGGAGCCUCAGAGAGAACGUUAUAGAGGAAAGUGGAGCACUGACUGGCACGCUGCUGCCUCAAGUGGCCACGCCCCUACCCUGCCACUGACAGGAAGUGGCUUUAAAAAACACUCACAGGUCUCACUGCUGACAUCACAAGACACUCUGCUCACUCACUGAAGUGUUGUUCAGGUGUGACGAUAGCACCUGUCAGGUGGUUGGGACUAUUCCCGCCUCCUCUUCAGCCUUAAUAACUCACCUGUAGAACAAGACGGAGCUCCUCAGGUGGACCGACUGUCCGCUGUAGAGAACCUGACAUCGUAAUGGGUUGUUUUUUUUUUUUUCCCACCAGAUAGUUCCUACCUGAUCAGGAGCAUCCACUGCACUUAAUGAUUGUUUUACCUCGACAGCACAUGUGCAAUAGAUCACACAGCAUUUACUCGAAUUGAAUUAUAAAACACAAAACUACAAACUUUUUAAAGCAGCAACACAUCGUCCAUCUUUCUUUUCUGAAUUUGCAAACUAAAUGUAUCCAAAGUCCCUGAAAUUAAAAACUGUCAAAAAAAAACUUAGAAUAAAAACAAACAAAAAAUCUAACUAAAAUCUAACUACAUCUAUCUUUAAAGACGGUAUGUACAAUUAAAUUGAUCUGAAAUCAAGCAUCUUUUUUAUAUUUACUUAUUGCUGUGUUAUUUGUCUUUUUUAAUGUAUUUAAACUAUCCUGAAAUAAGUUCCUAAAAUAAAUGUUAAUUCAAGUAAAUCAGGUAUAAUAUAUAACAGUAAAUCCAAUGGAAAAUUAAAAUUUAAAUGAUCAUUUUUAUAUACUUAAAUGCUCAAGUUCAGUAAAGUUAAAGAGCAGAAAACUCUCUUAGUUACCCACAUGAAUCCUAAACUAAUGUAAAUACAUCAGACAUAAGACAAACAGGAGGAGAAACAAAGGUUUUCAACACUAGAAUAUAUCCAGUGUACCAAUGAAUGUAAUUUGAAAUAUAAAAUACAAAAUGAUCCCCGAAGUGAAUAACAUAUUUUCUGACAUCAUUUAUUGUUAUUUGGUUGGUUUUAAAAAUGAUAUAAACCUAAUACAGUCAACAGGAAACUAACGUAAAAUAAAGGAUCCAGCUAAACCUCAUUUACAGUUAAUCUGUGAGCAUGAUUUUGUUAAACAUUGAAUUAUUACAUAUUAUUAUUGUUAUUUUUAAUUGUUCUUUAGUUGCUAAAGUUCCUUAGAAAAUUAAGCUGAAUAUUUCCUUUAACAAUAGUUUUAUUAUACUAAAGUCUGUAAAAUCCUGACUUAAAGUUAUCAUAAAUGUUUUUUUUUUUAAAUAAGUUGGAAAUCCAACUUAAACAAUUCAAACUGAACAGAAAAAUUGCCUGAAAUUGUAUGUUUACUUCUGUUUUAAACAUUAUUCUAUUUGUUUAUUUAUUGUCAAGUAAAAAUUGCAUUUUGGUGUUUUUGCUGUUUCAAAAUUGAUUUCUUGUUAGCGGAUAACCUAUCUUAAUUCAAACAGCAGCAUCAGCUAAUAUAUAUUAGCAUGCUGGCUAAAAUUAGCUGAACAGCAAUGAAUGUCUGGAAUACGAUUUGAACAUGAUGAGUGGAUUGGCUUAAAUUAGCUUGCUGGCUCGUGUUGCAUCUGUAAUUUGGACUUGGCUGUUUGAAACCAAGCGUACCCGUGAAGGCCUCUACCUUGUUAAAGCCUUAGUAUCUUCAUGACAGAUCAUUUAUUGUGAAAAUCUUCUCUCAGACUCUUCAAAAACAAAUCUUACUUUGUAUUCAUUGAGAGAAGUUGGAGGUUUCUUAUUCAGUUCAUUUCAGAGUUUGAUCCCUGCAACAUCUAGUGGACGUUAGAGGUCCUGCAGCCUCCAGCUGGCGUGAACAGUGUUUUUAUACUCUGUAUUUAUUGUGGAAAUGCAUCAAUCUUCAUAGAGAAUGAUAAUGUUUCACCUGUGUCAUCCUGCAGUUGCUGUAACAUCUGGUGUGUUUGUGUGUGUGAUACUUAUUUAAUGGAUAUAUUGUAUUGUGUUUUAUUGACGACUCUGUCAACAGGUUAGAUCGAUGCUUAAAAACAUGUAAAUCACACAGACUUGGAGUUGAUGGAGUUAAUGAAGUUUUUUUUCUCUUUUGAUUGACACUAACAGUUUCAAUCUUCUUCCAGUCUUAAUGCUAAGCUACGCUAAACAUGCUCUGGAACGAUCACUGCACUUGAGAUGAACUGAAUCAUUUGAGUGUGGAGGAGACGGAGUUUCCACCUAAUGGUAGAGUUCCUUCAACUGGUGACCAAAUGGUGUCAAAUGUAAAUUGCAAAUGAUAAUUUAAGUUAAUUAAUUAAAUUAAAUUAAACUUUGUUUCAUCCGUGCUUUUGAAUAUGGCUGUAAAACUGAGGGAAAAAAAUAUGAUCUGUUCAUGGACGAGGUCAUUGUUUAAAGUUUUAUUAUGUUCAGUCCAUUUCACCAGCUUCCUUUCUUACUCUCUGAUGACCAAAUGAAACCCAUCAUUACUCUGAACAGAUUUCUCUGUGUUUGAACAUUACGGGAAACAUUUAGGAUACUGUCAGUACACAACCCAACCAAAGUCUUGUUGUAUUUGACACUUUAAAGGUGCAAUUCUUAUUCCUCUUAUGAAAUUCCUGCUAACUGUAGCUGCCGUUAGCCAGUUAGCUCAGUAAGCCGGGUAGCUAGCAGUCCAGACUAGGAGCUCUAUGACUGGGGGAGCAUGUUACCAGAGUAACCGCAAAUUCCUGCUAACUUUUCCCUAGUUAGCUCAGUUAGCCAUGUAGCUAGCAGACUAGGAGCUCAGAGCACUGGGGAAUUGUUGGCAUUUAUGCCACUUGCACAAGAGUUUUGGACCAGGACAGGACAGGUCCGCUGGUUAGCAGGAUAGCUUCUGUAGAUGUCUAACAAUAGAUAACAUGAAAAUGUUUAUUAAUAACUAAGUUAUUUCUUCACAUUCUGUUGAUAAUUUGAGAACAUUUUAGAAUGUUUUCUCCUUAAGUUCUUACAUAUUGCAUAUUUAAUGCAGAAAAAACGAUUAAAUUAGAAACAUGCAACAUUAUUUUCCAGGUGGGAUGUGGUCUGCUCAAACAGUAAAACUGCAUUAUCCAUCUGUGUCCACCUGCUGGACAAAAAUCUGUACCACAAUAUAGAAAUACUUAACGUUUAUGACUUCACACAACAUAAGAAUGAAGUUCAAUUACUGCUGUGUCUGACUGCUGAGGAGAUCAUGAGUAAAGAGAGGAAAUAAGGAAAUACCUGAGAGAAAUAUAGUAGAAGAAGAAAGUAAAACGAGAGUGUAAGCUUGGAUUUAGAUGCUUCUUAUUCAUACCUAUUCCUGUUACACAUUUCUAAUAAUACUUUCUCAUUUCAUUAAACCAAAGUUUCAAUUGAUCACCACAAAUAUCAGAUUACAAUAGCGAUGCUAUUUCAGUGUUGUAUUACAGUUUUCCUCAAUUGCUAAAAACACUAAAACCCAUUGGGUGAACAAAGUUCACAGUUGCCUGAACUCAUUUAGCUAAUUGUGCAGUCUGUUGUCAGUACCUUAAACCAUUUCUCAGAUCUCAUUUGCAGAUCUCACUUAGACUUUUGUGAGAGGACGAGGACAAGUGCAUAUGCGAGGUGGGCAACGAGGAGGAAGAGGUGGAGGGCAAGAAAGAGGAAGAGGAGGACAAAGAGGAAGAGGAAGAAAAUGAGUGGAAAUAUCAGAUGAAAUUUGAGCAACAGUCAUUGACCAUGUUCUUGUCCAUGGACUGACAAGGAGGGAAGCAGGACUUAGAGUGCAACCAAAUUUGAGCCGAUUUUCUGCGUCCACCAUAGUAAGAACAUUCAGAGAAGAGAACAGGUACAGUAUACUACUGUAAUCUUGUAAUUGCAAAUUUACUGUACUACACUAGAUGCAGCUGUUUCAAUAGACAUUUGUAAAGUUCAUCACUGUAUGUAUUGUACUGCAUGAAUAUUUUUAUAACUGCACAUCUACUUUUUGUAGACUUGCAAGGCUGCCACGUGCAGGUGGAAGGACAGCUAUAUUCACUGGGGUGCAAGAGGCAGUUAUAGUUGGCAUGGUCCUUCAUAAUAAUCUAAUAUGACUCAGAGAAAUCCAGGAGCGAGUGAUACAAGACAACACACGCAUCCAGGGAAUCGACAGUGUGAGCAUUUCCACAACUGACCGUGUCCUCCACCGUAACAGGAUGCGAAUGAAACAAGUAUACAGAGUACCUUUUGUGCGCAUUUCACCAAAGGUGAAAGAACUGUGAGCUCAGUAUGUGCAAGUAAGUGUACAUUCAGACACAUUUACUGUAGUCCAGAUUGUCUACAGUACUGCCACAUACUAUGUGAGUGACUUUACAAUAUAACACUGUCUCUGUACGACUUACAAUAUUCUACAUACGCUAUAUUGUAUUUCUACACAGACAAUAUUUGACUUGGAAUCCUUGGACAGACCCCAUGAGUUCAUCUUUGUCGAUGAAGCAGGCCUCAAUCUGACAAGGAGGAGAAGGCGAGGCCGAAACAUGAUUGGACAGCGGGCCAUUGUUCAUGUCCCUGGUCAACGAGGUGGCAAUGUCGUAAUCUGUGCUGCUAUCAGCAGCCAUGGUGUUCUACAUCACCAUGUUACACUCAGGCCAUAUAACACCCAGCACCUUCUACGAUUUCUUGCCAAUCUAAGAGAAUUUUUGUUUGAGCAGCAGAUUCAAGAGCAGCAGGGUCAAGAGCUAAAUGAGAAUCCCAUUCCCACCUAUGUGAUAGUGUGGGACAAUGUCAGUUUCCACCGAGCUGCUCAGGUAAGGGAAUGGUUUAACAUCAAUGGGCAGUUUGAGAACUUGUACCUUGCUCCAUACCCACGUUUCCUGAAUCCGAUUGAGGAGUUUUUUCUCCCCUUGGAGAUGGAAACUAUAUGAUGGACAACCCUUCACCAGAGUAAAUCUGCUGCAAGCCAUGGAUUCAGCCUGUGGUGAUAUAGGUGAGGAACCAUGUCAGGGCUGAAUACAGCACACAAGAGGCUUCUUCUAUUGAAAAUAUUGCUUGUGAUGUCGACGAAGUGCUUUGGCCUGACCCAGCCUAAAGACGAGAAGAAGCACAUUGAUCACAUGUUUACUCCUUUGAUUUUUGUAUUGUAUACUGUAGUAUAAAGCAGUGUAGGCUGUAUACUGUACAAUAAACAAGAUGUCUGGCCCUGAAUAUUGUGCUUUCCAUUAGUUUGCAGUACUGA